GACAAUGUUGUGGAGAUGCUUAUGGGGACCGUUUUCGGCUCGUACAUGUUGCAGGCGAGUCUACCGACGAACUCCACACCCAAGUCGCGGGCGAUAACGUCGUUCCUGAUGUACCGCCUUGCCCCGAUAAUAGUACGGAGGGAACGAUUUUCCUGGGCCUGUAACCUCGCCCACUGGGACGGCGACAAGGCUAUUGGUGGUAGGACGUCUGGUGAGUUCGCAUGGGUAGGUUCCACCAUCCUGCCUAUUUCUGCCGUGAAGCAGUAAUGCGUUUCGGUUUGAAGGGUGGGGGAGCCACUGUACUGUACUGAGACUUUAGAAAUAUCUCCAAGUAGAUGGCAGUAUUUACAUUGUAGAUGUGUUUGGGCUCCGGUAACCACUUAACACCAGAUCUACGACCAGAGCGGUAGCCCCGCGUCCCGCUGGUUGUGAAGCAGCCCCUCGUGUCACACACGGUCAAAGGCCUCAAUAUCGAGUGUAUUGUUCCGAGUUGCGCCGAUCCAGAAAGUGGUGCAGAACGCGGUUCAGUUACAGAGUUGUUGGUUGGCCGGUCCUAAAGCCGACUUGCUCCGGCCUGAGGAAAAUAUACGACGAUAUUCAGUCAGGAGAAACAUCUCAAACAACUUGUCCCCGUGCAAUAGUAAGGUAACCAGUCGAUAGUUGGAGACCUUUCGCCUAUCCUUUACGGGUUCUAGCAAGACAAUAAUCUAAGUAAGGUAGACUUGGACCAGCCUGUAGUUCUCCAUCGACGGCGGCAGAAUACGACAGUAUGUCCCCAUUCGACGCACAAAGCGAGCUCUGAAGGCGUUUCGUGAUGGCUGCGAUGUAGUGGGUCCAAUUGGUGAGCGUCUCCACCAUCAUCGGCGGAUGUCGUUUGAGCUCCACUCUGUCCUUCCCGUCCCGAUUUGACUUCGAGGUAGCUAGCAUCCCCUUGUCCGCUCUCGGAUAGAGAUAUUUGUACUAAAGCUAAGGUCCGCACGAGCAAUGUUUUCAAACUUCACUAAAAGUUAGCGGUGGGUAGUUUAUUUAACUAAUCACCCUCGGAUAGACCGAACAAUAACAUUUGGAUAUUCGUCUUCAAUACAGUUAUAUUGUUGGGGUUUAAUCUCUUGACACGUUGUGUUAUUUUUGCCUCUACCUGACACAUUAGAAAGGUAUUAUUUGUCUUUUAAAGCUAAACAUAAAAGUUUUCUUAAAAUAAAUAUCAAAGGUUCGUGCUAAGCAAUGAUACAGCAGUUACUCUACCGCUGAAACCAAGUUAUAAGUAAACCGUGGGUAUCGAAGCGUUGGUUCUCUCGUCCCUACGCGGCACGGAGCGGCACGUCAGCGCGCAACGACCUUGUGAAAUUACUGAACUAUAAAAAUGUAUUGUUAUUUGGAAUUCAUUAAACUGUACUGGGAAUGUUGCAGUGACGAUUCUUAUGAUAGUGCCCUGUCAAUCCCUGUAAAUCACGACUAAAUUUGAAUCCACGUGUCUUAUUGUUGAUUGUUGGGUGAUAAUUGGAAUUCAAAAGCCAUGUUCAUAUACCUAUAUAUAAUUCUGAGCGAUUCCCGUCUGUCCGUGCGACAGGGACGGGUGUAGGUUUCGAGUCGAAGUUAGUCUCGACCUUCUCAACCAAAGCUCGUUUGGCUCCCGGUGAACUUAUUAACACCUGCCUAUAUCUACUAUCGACCUAAAGUUGUGAAAUACGCUGAGAAAAGUUAUAGCGCAGGUAUAUGGAAAAAUUUGAAAAUUGUUUAUUAGUACCUUUAACGAAUUUUUUCAAAUAAAGAUCAAUUUAUUUUCGUCCUUCAAAUCAAAAGGCACUCCACAAUUUGAUGUGAUUAAGAUUCUUAUGCUGCUCGAAAAUGAGCUUUUGGGCUGUGAAUUCGUCCACCCAUAUAAGCAAAAAAAUAAAUAAAAAAAGCUUUGCUUAGAUAAGGAUGAACGCGCUAGUCUUAUCUUCAUUAUAGUACAUCCGAGUAUUUGCCUAAAAAGUUUGAAAUUUCGACACCUACGUAACGCCUGUGACUUCACCCUUGCGGUCUAAACAUGGGUGGCCUUGAACUAUCUACCAAGAUCGCUUAUGAUAUAAUAAAUACAGAGUUGUAAAUUAACAGUAUGAAAUUUAACAAGAUGAACCCGAACCGGAUAGUAGGUACUAGAAGUAUUGUUACAAAUCAUACGCGUGGCCCUCAUUAGAAGAUUUGCAGAUUGGCUUCCCUCCGAAUUGCAACACAAAUUCUCAGCUUCCUAUAGCUUUGUGGCGGAAAAAAUUGCUAUUUCAACAUCAAAGCUCACGCUAUCUCAAUUACCCAUUGAAAUUAAUAUUUGAAUAAUCAAAUAAAAUUUUGAUUUACGACGAUUUUUCAUUAAUUGUGAACAAGAAGGUUAUCAGUGUGUAUGUGGGUCACAACCGACAUUGUACAUCCACCAGGCUUACGUCACCACAGUGACAAGGAACUAAUACAGAUUGUCAUGUACCUAUAUUGUUAUUACUUAGGUACUAAUAUAUAAUAAGUGAGUUAACUCAACAAGAUGCAAAUCAAGACCAGAUUAGUAUUGUCUUGUCUUGGAGUACACGUCUUCGACGACACAUGACACACGACACACGACACACGACGACAUCACGCCGCUUAGCAAGUGGACAGUCCUUGACCCCCAGUACCCCCUUCCCCUGUCUCCUCGCACACCCUGCGGUACUUCAUACUCAGAAAGGUACGUAAUACAAGUUAAAUUUAGAUUCCUAAAAACACAAAUAUUAGUUGUGAAUUUGAUAAGCUUUAAAUACGCACUUAAUUCCACAAUUACAUACGUCUAUUAAAGCAUUGCAAGCGCAGCACCGGGACGCACGCUCGCCGCGAGGCUCCGCCACCAGUCGCGCCGACCAGUGCUGUAGCCGUUUCUUAUCGUAUCAAAUCUGGUACAUUUAUCCGAUAAGUAGACUGAUUCACGGGGCGAGUGAUACAGGUCGCGCUAGUUAUCGAUGUAUUCCAAAACUUGAUAGUGGUGUCGGCGUACUGAUAACGCGCAAGCCUGAUUCUGCGAACGCCGAAUUCCCAAGUACUCAUCCAGUGACUCUUGGAAUGUGUAUUAGUAUUGACGGAUGUGGUUAGUAGCGUGCGCGAUGCAGCGAUGAUCUCGUGGUGCGCCCUAGCCUUGUGCGUGAGCGUAGUCCUCGCAAGCAACAUCACCGUCGAGCAGAGAAUAUUAAACCUCGAAGAAGAGUACACGUUGGUGGUGACGCCAUCCAUAGAGUUCAUUCUACAGUUUGUGCCGAACGAAGAUCAAGCAGAGUUCCCGAGUCGGUUGUGGGUGCGCAGCGUCGGCGGGGACACCUCUCGGCCGCUACUGCUCACCGCCAGAACUAAAACAGGAGCGACAACAUGGCAGCUCCCGUACCAGUCCGGAUCGAUGCUGAUGUCUGAGCUGGAGCGCACGCUGUGCUGGGAUGGCUCCCCGACGGACGCGGUGGGGGCGCCGUCCGAGUGCGAGGGCGCGGGCUCGCAGCGCGGCUUCACCCUGCACCUCGCGUCCGCCUGCGCCGCGCCCCUCACCGUCACGCUGCGAGCCGCACCCGCCAGGGACUGGCUGCUCGGCUUCCAGGCCCGCACCACCGUCACCGCGACACAGACUGGUCCUGCGGUAAACUACUAUGACUUCAUUCCGGGACAGAACAGCGUCCGACUGAUCGUGGAGUCGGAGGACGAGGUGUGCGCGACCAUCUCCGUGCAGAGAUACACGGUAGAUCUUAUGUUUGUGUGUCCGUUGGCGGAGACCAUCGAGGACAUCGACCUGACGACCCUCAGGAUGACCGUCAUGCGCUCCGGCGCCGUGCAGCUCUCUCGCAGCCUGUACCCGAUGGGGUUCUACGUGGUGUCGCUGGUGCGGCCCGACGACGCGGCGUGCUCCGGCGAGCCGGCCCCCGAGGACGACUGGCUGCUGGAGGCCGCCCUCUGGGCCCACACUGACCGCCCCUCCCCCCCGGCCACUCUGCGGCAGAAGACCUUCACGCUGACCGUUAGGGCGUCGCUGUCCCGGGCGCAGUACAUGGUGGGCGCGGGCGUGACGGUGGCGGUGUUCCUGCUGUUCUACGCGGGGUUCGCGGCGCUGGUGCUGGCGCAGCGCUGGCCCGCCUGCGCGCGGCUCACGGCGCCGCGGGCCGUGCUCGCCGACGCGCACAAGUCUGAGAGCGGAGCGUUGUCGGAAGGCGUCAGUGUGACCGGCGUGACUGCCGAGACCGGCGUGACGAGCGUGACCGGCGUGACGAGCGUGACCGGCGUGACGAGCGAUGCGGGCACGCCCGUGCGGACCGCGCGGCGGCGGCGCGGCUCCGAUGCAACAUUUGACAGCAGUGAUGCAAGUGAUACAGAUUCGGAGGAGGAGUCUCCUGCCGUCACAAACGACACGAUCACAAACAAUAUGAUCGCCAAUCCCACCGCAUCGUCCUCUGCCGCUAACCCCACUACGUCUCCCGGGACCCCCGGUAAUCACGGAGCAGCCUCGCCCCCGGACCGAGCCAAUGGAGCCGUCACGGAAGGCGACGCCAUAGAACGGAGCACGGUACAGGAGGAAACGAGUCGUCCGUUCGGUCUGCCGGCGCGGCUGCACGUGGCGGCGCUGGCGCGGCGCGGGCGGCGCGUGCUGCGGGCGCGCUCGGACCGCUACCUGCACACGCUCUACACCGUGGCCGUGUUCUACGCACUGCCCGUGCUGCAGUUCGUCGCCGCCUUCCAGGUGAUGCUGAACAUAUCGGGGUCGCUGGACAUGUGCUACUACAACUUCCUGUGCGCGCACCCGGCGGGCGGGCUGUCCGACUUCAACCACGUGUUCUCGAACCUCGGCUACCUGCUGCUCGGCGCGCUCUUCAUGCUGCAGCUGCAGCGCAGGAAGCGGAACAGGAAGCGGGCGCCACGACAUGAGGAGUACGGUAUCCCGGCGCACUACGGACUGCUGUCGUCCCUGGGCGCUGCCAUGAUGGUGGUGGCGCUGCUCUCCGCCAGCUACCACGUCUGUCCCAACAGCCUCAACUUCCAGUUCGACACGGCCUUCAUGUACGUGCUGGCGGUGCUGUGCAUGGUGAAGAUCUACCAGUCGCGACACCCCGACAUCAACGCGCGGGCGCACGCCACCUUCGGGGUGCUCGCCGUCUUCAUCGCGCUCGUGGUGUGGGGCGUGCUGGGCGGGGGGCCGCUGUUCUGGAGCGUGUUCACUGUGCUGCAUGUGUUCACGUUCCUGCUGCUGUCCCUGCGCAUCUACUACGUCGGACAGUUUCGUCUCGAGAAGUCGAGCCUGGCGGUGGCGGCGCGGGGCCUGCGGGCGCGGCCGCUGUACACGCCGCGGCUGGUCAUGCUGCUCAUCGCCAACGCCGCCAACUGGGGCUUCGCCAUCUACGGGCUCCUGACCCAUGCGGGGGACAUAGCGACCCACCUGCUGAACGUGCUACUGUGCAACACGCUGCUGUACAUCGUGUUCUACGUGCUGAUGAAGCUGCUGCACGGGGAGCGCAUCCGCUGGUACUCCUGGUGCUUCUUGGCCGCGGCGGCCGCCUGCUGGGUGCCAGCUCUCUACUUUUUUACUUCCGGCAGCACGGACUGGUCGGCGACGCCGGCGCGGUCCCGGCACCGCAACCACGAGUGCCGCGUGCUGCAGUUCUACGACUCGCACGACCUGUGGCACAUGCUGUCGGCCGCCGCGCUCUACUUCACCUUCAACGUCAUGCUCACCUGGGACGACGGACUCUCCGCCGUCAAACGGACAGAGAUUGCCGUCUUUUGAAUUUAAUAUAACUAUUUUUUAUUG